CAAAAUCCGCGUCUCCAUGCCCAGAAAGACGCGUCUGAGUCCAGUACCGUAACAGGCCAGCAACCACUUCAUGAGCCAACUCAGAUGCCACCAUGCCCAGAGAAAUAAUCACAAUCCAGGCAGGCCAGUGCGGCAACAGCAUCGGCAGCCAGUUCUGGCAGCAGCUUUGCCAGGAACACGGUAUCAGCCAAGACGGGAAUCUCGAAGACUUUGCGACAGAGGGCGGCGACCGCAAGGAUGUCUUCUACUACCAAAGCGACGACACGCGAUACAUACCAAGAGCCAUCUUGAUCGACCUUGAGCCACGAGUGAUCCACGGGAUACAAACCGGCCCCUAUCGAAACAUCUACAACCCGGAGAACUUCUACGUUGGCAAGAGUGGUUUAGGAGCCGGGAACAACUGGGGUGAUGGAUACCAGACGGCGGAGUCGGUGCAUGAGGAGAUCCUGGAGAUGAUCGACCGCGAAGCGGAUGGUAGUGACUCGCUCGAGGGCUUCAUGAUGCUGCACUCCAUCGCCGGUGGCACUGGAUCUGGCCUGGGAUCGUUCCUCCUUGAGAGGCUCAAUGACCGUUUUCCCAAGAAGAUCAUCCAGACAUACUCGGUCUUCCCGGACACGACCAACUCGGGCGACGUGGUCGUCCAUCCAUACAACAGCAUGCUGACGAUGAGGAGGCUCACGCAAAACGCCGACUCCGUCGUCGUGCUUGAUAACGGCGCGCUCGCCCACAUCGCCGCCGACCGACUCCAUCUCCAAGAGCCGUCGUUCCAGCAGACAAAUCAAUUGGUGUCAACGGUCAUGUCGGCAAGCACCACCACGCUGCGAUACCCCGGCUACAUGCACAACGACCUCGUCAGCAUCCUGGCCUCGCUCAUCCCGACACCACGCUGCCACUUUUUGAUGACGGCCUAUACGCCCUUCACAGGCGACCAAGUCGAGCAGGCCAAGACAGUCCGCAAGACCACCGUGCUGGACGUGAUGCGGCGGCUGCUGCAGCCAAAGAACCGCAUGGUGUCGACGGUUCCGGGCAAGAAGAGCUGUUACAUUUCCAUUCUAAACGUGAUCCAGGGCGAAGUGGAUCCCACAGACGUACACAAAAGCUUGCUGCGUAUCCGAGAGCGUCGCCUAGCCACGUUCAUUCCAUGGGGUCCGGCAAGCAUCCAGGUGGCACUGACCAAGCGAAGCCCGUACAUCCCCAUGGCGCACCGUGUGAGCGGGCUGAUGCUUGCCAACCACACCAGCAUUGCCACCCUCUUUAAGAGAAUAUACAGACAGUACGAGGGCAUGAGGAAACGCAACGCCUUUUUGGAGGGAUACAAGAGAACUGCUCCGUUCUCUGACAGCCUAAGCGAAUUUGACGAGGCGAGAGAGGUCGUUGCUGACCUCAUCGCCGAGUAUGAGGCGGCUGAGGAUGCGAAUUACCUGAACCCGGAGGUAGGAGAGCAGGCGACGUCCGCUGAAACCGAUAAGCGCAUGGGUUGAGAGUUGUUUGUGAUGGCCGUGGUGGUUUUCUUAUAGGUUUCCUUGGGGAUCUGGGGUGGAUGUCGGGAUGGCUAGGGCGUUCAAAGGAGCAUAAGGCGGCAAAGGAUGGGCUCGACCGCGUUUUAUUACCACGUUCACAUUUAUCAUUCUGUAGGGAGCUUUUUAUUUCCAUCGCAACCAAAGCAAUGCGACUGACGCGGUUGGCAUGUCAACAGACGACAUU